CGACGCAGCGACACUUGGCUCUCCACCAUCAUCACCACCACGCUAACGCAACCAUGUCUCGCUCAUACGAUCGAGCGCUCACCGUAUUCUCGCCGGAUGGCCACCUCUUUCAGGUCGACUACGCAAUGGAAGCCGUCCGCAAGGGGACCUGCGCUGUCGGCGUCCGCGGUAAAGACGUCGUAGUCCUCGGCGUAGAGAAAAAGUCGGUCCUCCAACUCCAAGACGCCCGCACUAUCCGCAAAACCGCCAUGCUAGAUCACCACGUCUGCCUCGCCUUUGCUGGGCUCACGGCCGAUGCCCGCAUCUUGAUCGACAAGGCUCGAGUGGAAUGCCAGUCUCAUCGCUUGAGAGUCGAAGAUCCUGUGACCAUCGAUUACAUUACGAGGCAUAUUGCGGGCAUUCAGCAGCGAUACACUCAGAGUGGCGGUGUAAGGCCGUUUGGGAUCGCGACGCUCAUUGUUGGGUUUGAUGCGAAUGAGGAGGAUAGGCCUAGGUUGUACAUGACUGAGCCUAGUGGAAUGUUCUCCGCAUGGAAAGCAAACGCCAUCGGUCGCUCCUCGAAGACGGUGCGCGAGUUCCUCGAGAAGAACUAUUCCGAGGGCCUAAACAGGGAGGAUACUGUCAAGCUUACGAUCAAGAGUCUCCUAGAGGUGGUUCAGACGGGAGCCAAGAAUAUCGAGAUCGUGGUAAUGGAUGGGCAUGGCAAGUUGAAGAACCUGGAUUUGAGCGAGAUCGAGGAGGUAGUCAAAGUCAUCGAGAGCGAGAAGGAGGCAGAGGCGGAACGCCGUCGUGGCAGGUUGGCACAGCAAGCACAGACGGCGCAGGAGAUGGCGGGCGGGGCUGGGGACUCGUAG